UGUCAACAUACCGACGCCUCUCCUCAUAAUAAAAAGCCGGCUCGUGUACAAAUACAACCUCCCCAUCUCUCUCUCUCUCUCAAAAGCAUUCAAGGAGAGGUUGUGUAAUUAUCAACAACCAACGGUCUGAUUUAAUUGUCAUUUAAUUCGGUCUCGACUCGAAUCGGAUUGGAUCGGAUCGGAUCAUGGACGGUCGAUUCAGCAACCCUUUCGUCAGCGAGCUGGAAGAGCCUGGAAUUAGGCCGGAAAACGACCUGGUGUCGUCACUUUCUGGCGGGAAGACGAGCGACACGUCAUCGCCUAAGAGAAGGUUAGUAGCGGAUCCGGAAACGGGUUUUGCCGGAAGUGUCAGAUCCCGGCGAGCCGUACAGAAGAGGGUGGUGUCCGUACCAAUUGCUGACGUGGAGGGAUCGCGGGCGAAGGGCGAGGGAGCUCCUCCGUCCGAUUCGUGGGCGUGGAGGAAGUACGGACAGAAGCCUAUCAAGGGAUCCCCUUAUCCAAGAGGAUACUACCGAUGUAGUAGUUCGAAGGGUUGCCCCGCGAGGAAGCAAGUGGAGCGAAGCCGCGUGGACCCCACCAUGCUCGUGGUAACGUACGCCUGCGAGCACAACCACGCCUGGCCGGCCGCCCGAAACAGCGGCAACAACGCCACCAACACCCACGCCAACAACGCCGCGCCGAGAUUCCCGCCCCGGGAGCCGGCGGUCUUCUCCACCCCGCCCGAACCCGAACCCGAACCCGACGAGAAAUUCGCCGAUCUGGAGGGCCACCCACCUCUGCUAACCGACGAUUUUGGCUGGUUCUCCGACGUGACGUCCUCCCCCACCGAGAUCGCCGUCCUUGAGAGCCCGUUCUACUCCGGGAGCGACGCUGACGUGGCUGGGGUGCUGUUUCCGAUGCGGGAGGAGGACGAGUCGAUGUUCGCCGAUCUGGGCGAGCUACCCGAAUGUUCCGUGGUCUUUCGGCGCGGGUUUUGCGAGGAAGAGGAGAGCCAGCGGUGCAGUUUAAGGUGCGGGAGUACAGGUUAAGGUGGUUCCCCAGUCCCCCUUCUUUUUGUCUCUUUCUACGAGGGGCGGUUGCUAAAAUCAACGGAUCGCGUAUCGUGCGCCACAAGACGGAGGGGAUCUUUUAAAUAGAAUUUUUUUGGGAGGGGGUCUUGGGUUGGGUUCCAAAAGUCCAAAAGAGAGGGGGUUUAUUUUAAACGGAGGAGUGCAUUGAAGUCUGUCUUAAUCUCCUUGUAAUUAGCAUAAUCUCUUCGGUUAACAACGGCUUUCUUAUGAGCCAUCGUUUCUCAA